AUGACAACUACUAUAGUAGAAGAAGAAAAUAUUUCAGUAACUAAUAUCAUGGUAGUUUCCGAAACAAUAUCAAGUUCUCUAUCACAAGUAUAUAGUGAUCAACAUUCGACACUCAUAACAUCAAAUCAUGCUCAUACAAUUGAAAAUACUUAUGAUAGUUCUUUAACGUCAUAUGUUGACAUAGAUGUUACAACCGUAUCAACAAUGAUCUCUACGCUUUAUGAGAAACAAACGACAUAUCUUAAUUCAAAUCUACUGUUUGAUACUUCUACAUCAUUUCAAGAUGAAACAACGACAAAUAAACAAUCAUCAUUGGAAAAAAAUAUUGUUUCUACUAUAUCGAAUUUAAUAACCGAAAAUAUAACUCCAGAGAAUAUCUCAACGAUGUGUUUAACUACAAAAAAUCCAACAGUAUAUGCAACUCAAUCGAUGAAUCAAGCAAUAACGAAUACCAUAGCAUCAGUUUCAAUAAUAUUAUCCAUAUUUUCAUUGACAAUAAAAACAAAAGAUACAACAAUAUCAGUUGAUGUUACUAUGCGUUUAACAUGUAAAAAUGACUUUAAUAUAACGUUAAUGUUUAAACCGGUUGAUACAAAAUAUGAUAAUUUUACAAGAAAAUGUUAUUUUAUCAAAAAUCAAAAGCAAGCAACAUGUGACAAUUUAACUUAUGGUCUUCUACAUAAUAUCGAAGGUUUUAUGUAUUGUGGUCGAAAUCUAACAAAACUUACAAAUGAUAACAAACAGCAAUUAUACGUUCCUAUAAAACCGAAAUAUCUUGGUUCAUUCUCAACAACAUCAACAAUAAACUCAACAUUUUUAUUACCUGGUAUAUUUAAUAAUUUUAUUAUUCAGAUACAAAGUGUAAAUCAUACAUGUAACAUUAUUUAUGAUCAACAUGGCAGACAAAAUGGACUCUACAAUUGUUUAUUCACUAAUCUUAGUCCAGCACAAUGGUACGUAAUUGCAUAUCAUUGCUAUAGAAAUGAUCACAUAUCUAUGGGUGAUUUGGUUAUGUCAUAUACAGAUUUAGAAGAUUUAAAUUUAAAUUGUCAUGUAAAUCAUACGAUAAAUUUUGUUCGAAUACAAUGGACAAAGUUAUUAGGUGAUUAUACAAAUCUAAGCGUAAUAGUAAGAGAAAUGAAUAAUACAAACAAACAGUUUAUCUACACAUGUGAUAUUCAUCAACAAUAUUGUGAUGUUAAUUCAUUAAAUUAUGGUCAACAAUAUGAAAUUAUAGCUUCUAUUAAAAAAUUUUUACCCAAUUAUGACAAACAAAAAAAUGAAACAUGUACAAUUAAAACUGAUCUUCCUAGUGUAUCAAUUUCAUCUAUAAAACAUGAGAAAAUAGAUGACUUUUCAUAUAAAAUUACUUGGUCAAUUCCACCAUUAAAUUCAUUUGAUUUUAUUCGUGCAACAUUAGUCAAUAUUGAAACAAAUCAAACGUAUUAUCCAUCACAACAAAAUGAAUUAUAUAUGGUCAUAUUCGAUCCAUUAGAAACAGCCAGUAUUUAUGUACUCAAACUAAAUAUAUCAAAAUUAGACUGGAAAUCAUUCGUACAGAACACAAAUUAUUUUAUACAAACUGAUCUCGAGCAACCAAGGAUCGAGACAAUUACGCGUACAUCAUCUAAAUUAAGAAUAUUUUUACAUCAUUUUUUAUCCACGCGUCAAGUAAAAUUAAAAUAUUGUUUACAGUUAAUGUGUACAAUGAUCGACGUUUCUUGUGUGAAUACUGCUAAUAAUUGCACAACAACCGAUCGAUUUGAAAUUUUAUUUGAAAAAUUGCUACCAGCCAUGAUAUACAAUGUUUCAAUCGUGAACACACGUCAUGUAUUUGAAAUGUACACAUGGCCAGAAAUCGGAACAUGGAAAGUAAUUAAUACAGAAGUUCCAUUGAAAUUCUAUUCAUUUUUAUCAGAAUCAGCAUUAGAAGUUCGUUCGGCACAAGAAUCUGAACAGAGCGUUUGUUCAGCCGAAAUUAAUUGGCCAUUGAUAGUCCAAGCAUCUUAUAUUAACAUACUAACUAGUUGUAAAUACCUUGAGAUUGAUAAUUAUAAAAAGUCAAAAAAUUCUGUUUAUCAGUGUAAUGAUUUACGUUGUGGAUGUUUAUAUCGUGCUCAAGCCGUUCUUUUUACUAAUCUAACGUGUCAGUGGGGUACGAAUGCAUGUGAUUUUCAAUGGAAUUCGAUCAAUGAAACAACACUAUUUCAAACACCAUUAGAGUCUAUAUCUAAUUUACGUUUAUCAAUCAAAUCGAAAGAUAUUGAAGUGAUAUUUCGUCGACCAAUGGGCUGCUAUGAUGAAUUAUAUUUGAUAUGUGAAUCAAUGAACAAUAACAGAGAAAAACAAGAAAUUAAAAUUACAAAUGAAUUCAACAAUCCAACAAUGACAAGUCGUUGUAAUGAUUUGAAUAAAAAUGAAAAGUACAGAAUCUAUGUUCAAACAAGACGAAAUGGAUGGGAUACAGUUAGUAGCCAUGUUCUGGAAACAAAUUUGAAACGUGAAUUCAUCUAUAUUGUUAUUCCUUGUGUGGUCGGUUUUACAAUAGUUAUCCUUAUCAUCAUUGCUGCUGCGUUUAUUUUUCGUCGUAGACGUUCUAGAAAUAAUCUUAAACAACCUACUACAAAUAUGAAUAAUAUUGUUAAUCAAGUUAAUAUCUAUUCUAGUAGUUCAAAACAAGUUCAUCCUCUAGAUGCUGAGAGGGAAAUGUUGUUGUCCAGACCAAUUCGAAUAAAAGAUUUACCAUCUGAAUAUGAAUUAUUAACAGAAAAUAAUAAUUUCAAUACUUCGGAAGAAUUUAGUAAACUUCAAUUAACAUUAAAUAUCUUGUUAUCAACAAUAACUCCAAACGGAACUUAUCGUAUAAGUGAAUGUGCAUUAUUGCCAUGUAAUGUAGGAAAAAAUCGAUAUAAAGAUAUUAUGCCAUAUGAACAUUCACGUGUAAAACUAAUACCUGUCGAUGAUUGUGAUACCGGUUAUAUAAAUGCAAAUUUUAUUAGUGGUGUGCAUAAACCUCGAGAGUAUAUUGCGUGUCAAGGUCCAUUGAAAACAACUGUAAAUGAUCAAUGGCGUAUGAUAUGGGAACAAAAUGUACGAAUUAUUGUUAUGUUGACUGGUCUAAUUGAAAGAGGAAUUACCAAAUGUGAGCAAUAUUGGCCAGAAGAAAUCAAUAAAGUAGAGAGCUAUGGUGAUAUUUAUGUUUAUGUAAGUGCUUGUGUUGAUGUACCAGCAUACGAUUUACGCUACAUACAAGUGCGAAAGAAUGAUGACGUACGAACAGUGAAACAUUAUUAUUUUAAAAUGUGGGAUGAUCAUUCUACACCGAGUCAGACACUCGAUCGCUUAUUACAACAAUUUGAUCGAUUACCAUUUCAUGGAUAUCUCGAUGUUUAUAGUACAGUAUUGGAUAUGAGAAAAUGUAGAGAUAAAAUGGUUCAAAAUGAGAUAAAUUCAAAUUUUUUCGAAGAUGACUCAUUUGGAUUCAAGAUAAGUCGACACGGAAAUUUGAUACCAGAUUCAGAAUAUCGAACCAGAUUAGCUAAUAAAGAACAUAAAAAACAUGUUCGACAAGCGUUGGCUGAAAAUAUAGUUCAUCGAGCACUGGAUAUGGAACGUUUUCGACAAGCCGAACUUCGCAGACAAUUUGAAAUGGUUGCUAAAGCUGCUCUUGUCAAUAGUGUAAAAGAAUCGAGAAGACGCCCAAAAAACUCUCAUAAUACAACAGCAGAUGCGGCUAUGUUACAAAUGAACUCAUCAUGGAGUCAUCUAAGACCCAGAAGUGCCAAUAACGAUAUGCAAGUGAUGAAUGAAGAAUUCGGAGAACAUUCACGAAUCCCACGUGUGCAAUCAGCUCAUGUUUCUGGUAUAAAAAAAGCGAAAAGUCCUACGCGUCGAUUACAACGAUCAAAAGGAAAUACAGCACCAUUGACUCGUUCCUUAACGAGUAGUGUAUCACGUUCUUUCUCACUCGCGAAAGAAUUAUCUCAAUGUGAAGUGUCAAUGGUCUACUACGGUCCUCAUACAAAAAUUGAUUAUGAUCAUAAUGUGUUUGAACCAGUUGAUGAAAUUAUUGUUAUGCAACAGCAUUGUGGGGGUGAAAAUUUAAUUGUCUAUAAGGAUUUUUUGAAAGCUGGAGACACAUUUCAAUUUAAAUCAAAACGUCACCCUGAUUUUCCAUUCGGUUUGUCGUUGUAUGUCAAAGGUUUAAUCGACAGUCGAAUAUCAACAUGUUGUGAAUACAAACAUCGAAAUGGUGUUCGAUUAGGCGGUGAACGUGGCCAUUUUGGUAUUCAAUCCGUGAGAGGUUCUAAACCGUGUAUCAAAUGUCGUUUUGAAAAAACUGCAAGACUAAGGAAAUAUGCUGCAUCACCGCAUGAUAAUAAUGAACAAAAAAUAGUUGAACCAAUUAUCAUUUCAAAGCCUCCAUCUGAUGCAGAAAAAUCAAAACCACGACAACCAGUUCAAAUAUCAGUUCAAACAUCAAAAUCGAGACCAAAUCAUUCAAAUGGAAAAACAUGGCAAGUAAUAUUUUAUACAUCCAAUUCUCAAACGGCCUCAUUAACUGGUGGACAAAGUCCUCAAAUAAAAAUAUCAUUCAUAAAUAAUCGUGGUGAUGAAACAGAAGAAUUUAUUAUUUCGACGAAAGAUUAUGGCAAUUGUUUUAAAUCCGGUAAACGUGAUCAAUUUAGAGUUAAACUCAAAGAUAUUGGUUCACCGGAAAAACUACGACUCAUUUUAACCGAUGAUAGCGAAAUCGUAUCAAAUCGAAGUGAUGAAUCUAGUGAUUCGAAUGAAAAAAACGAAACAAAAUGGCAUGUAGAAAAAAUUGAAGUCGUUGAUCCAAAAUCACAAAAAUGUGUCAUAUUUCAUUGUGACGACUGGCUUGAAUAUUCAAAGAAACAAAAGAAACAAAAUGAAAAAAUAUUAAGUCUACUCAAGAUUCAAUCCAAAUCUGAGUUUCCGUCUAGAAGAAAGACUAGUUCAUCAUCAACAUCAUCGGUACCAUCUAUAAAUAAACGUCGAAAAUCUUCAUCGUCCGAAGCGCGAACAAUGGAAAAUAAUUCUAAAAUGCCGAUUCGAAUGGCACCUGAUAUAAAUAGUUUACAUUCGGAUGAUAAUAGUGAAGAAGAAGAAAAAAAAAUACUACGUCAACCAUCACCAAAACAACAACAGACAAAACGCGAACCAAGUGUAUCCAGUAAAGACUCACGAUCUCACGCGGAUGAUGGCGAAUACAAAUGGCAAAUAAUUAUAUAUACAGCAAAAACUAUUGAUGGAAGUUUAACCUUAGAAGAUGAUAGUUAUGUUUAUGUACAAUUAUAUGGAUCUCAAUUAGAUGAAACAAAAAAAUUAAGAUUGAAUAAACUUGGACAUUUUGAACCUGACACACAUGAGACAUUUAAUGUCACAUUAACAAAAAAUUUAGGUGAACCAAAGCAAUUAAAAAUUGGUUAUUACAAUGAUCAUGUAACAGCAACAAAAUGGAAUAUAGAGAAGAUCGUAUUAAUCAACGGCGAAACACAUAAAAAAUAUGUAUUUCCUUGUAAUGAUUAUUUAAAACGGGAGGAUCAUACUGCUGAAAAAAUACUCGAUGUUGAAAAUGCAGACGAUUUGACUCCACAAAAUUCUGAUGAUGAUGGUGAUGUACCCAAACUCGCAGUUACACAAGUUUUAGAAAUUAAAAGCGAUGAUGACGAUUUUGAUAAUGUUCAGCCAACGACAAAACCACAACAACACACCACUGUAUCAGCUAUUGAAGACAAACCAUUGACUACCAUUCCUUCAAUUCAACAUCAAUCGCCCUCUUCUUCAUCAGCAACGACUAAAUUCUCAAAUAAUUUACCCGAACCGUCGCCAACAUCCUCUUCACGAAGACAGGAUGAUACAUCAACAAUAAAACGAAAAGAUUCGUUUACAAGUUUACCAGAUGAUAACGCGCAUUAUCGUUAUAUAUUUAAAGAAUUAGAUCCGAAAAAUGAAAUGAAUCUAGGUUCUUCACAAUCAAGUUUAAACAGUGUAGAAAAUAAUGAACGAAAACAACAGUCAAAUCAAGAACAAGAAAAUAAACAUAAAUAA